CUCUGCUGUCACUGAUCUCCCGGCAGCUCUGUGUUCAUCAAACACUCGUCAUUCAACAUGGAGCUCAAUGAGCAGCGGUACUUCAUCGUCCUGAGGAGAAACAAGAAAGGCCUGUCCCGCGGGACCAUCGGGCGAGCAGACGCGGAGACAACAGAAGGAGAGCUGAUUGGGAUGGUUUAUGGAGGAGGAGGCAGCACUAGGAGCAGCGGGACGGUAAAGAAACACGACACUUACCCGCUGUCGAGGCACCAGGCUGGGCUGCUGAUGUUGGUGUGUCCCGCCAGCAGGAGGCUGGAGCUUCUGGGAAACCUCCAGCUGUUCUCUGCCAUCUGUGAGCUGGCGCGGGAUGAUCUGGUGAUGGUCAAACAUAAGAAGAGCUUUCAGCCGUGCCUGGUCAAGAAUCUGGUUCAAAUAGGCAAGAAAGACAAACCGGGAGACUUGAAGGUGCUGGGCUUUGAGCUAGAGCUGGUGGAGACUGAGAAUGAAAUUUCUUUGAAGAAGACAUCUCCUCUGCCCUUCUUCAGUGCGGCUGAUAUUCUGCAAGUGGCUCCUUCUGAUUUAAACACCAGAAUACCACUGAGAGAUGCCAUUGAUUUAGGUUUGAAGAGGAAAGCAGUUUCCCUCCUCAAUUCAUUGCCUGCUCUCAACUCACGCAAUGCUAAAAAAGGAAGUGUUCUCUUAAAAAAGGAUGCGUCCGAAUCCAUUCAGGCCUUGUCCCAUUAUUCUCUGGAGGUGGGCUCCAUGGCAGAGGUCCUGUCUUUGAAUGGACUGACCGUGUAUGGGGUUAUCAGAUGGAUUGGGGUUCCAGAAGGAAAGAAAAACUGCUGGGCAGGACUUGAGCUUGACACAGAGGCGACGACUUGUUCAGAUGGGACAUUGGGAACAAAGCGGUAUUUUACCUGUGAGGUGAAUAAAGCCUUGUUCGUGCCGCUGACCAACUGCAAACCAGACAGUAGAUUUCUGUUAAUUCCGGAUGAGAUGCUGAAACCACUCAAUAUUUCCUCAGCCACACUUAUGGAGGAUUUGGAUGAAGACGUUCCUCCUGUUGCUGAGCAAGAUGUUUUGUCUCAUCUGGUCGGCAGAAUGAAGGGGAUCCAAGGUCACUUCAACUCCUGCUAUCUAGAUGCUACUCUGUUUAGUCUCUUCACGUCAUCCAUAGCUUUUGACAGAAUUUUUAACAGAUCAGCAGACAGCGAGAAAGGCGUUUCUCACAUUUUAAGACGGGACAUCGUGAACUGUUUACGCAGAUCAGGCUUUGUUCCAGCUGAGAAUGUGAUGAAGUUUCGUGAACAACUGGGCUGCAAAUCUUUUGCUUCAGAGGAGAAAGAUCCAGAGGAGUUCAUCACUUUACUGCUACAGCAUGUGUUACACAUAGAGCCUUUGCUCAAAAUCAGGUCACAAGGAGAGUUUCCACAGGAAGCUUUUAUGCAUCAGAUCAUUGUAGAGAAGAAUCAGGUCGCAGCCGUGCCUUCAGUUCAACAGCUGCUUGAGAUGUCUUUUGUAACAAGUGAUCUAAAGUUUGAAGAGAUUCCAUCCUGCCUUAUAGUUCAGAUGCCACGAUUUGGAAAGAAGUUCAAGAUGUUCCCUAAAAUCAUUCCCUCAACAGAUCUGGACAUCACAGACAUAUUGCAUUGUUCUCCUCGGGAGUGUUUUCUGUGUGGUCAUCUGGCUGAAUAUGAGUGCGUGCAAUGCCUGAUGGACCGGAAGCUUCAGCCAGGCAAAAUUAAGCAGUAUUGCUCCACCUGCAACACACAGGUUCACAAUCAUCCCUCCCGACAGGAACACACUCCUCAGAAACUUACACUUCCAGAUUGUCCUCCAGAAGAUGCACCUGUUCAAAGGCACCAGAUGCAGCUCUUUGCAGUUCUGUGUAUAAACACCAGCCAUUAUGUGUCUUUUGUCAAAUACGGGCCUGAUCCACGAUCCUGGAUCUUCUUUGACAGCAUGGCUGAUCGAUGCGGUGAUGACAACAAAGGCUACAGCGUUCCUGUGAUCAGGUCUUGUCCUGAGGUAGGAGAUUUUCUGUCACAGUCUGAAGAGGAGAUCAGCUCAGCAGAUCUGAGUCAGUGCAGUGAGGCGGUGCGCAGACUGAUGGCUGAUUCAUACAUGUGUCUCUAUCAGACAACAGACUGUCAACAAUAAUCACACACACAUUUCUGAUGCCCAUACUGUAACUCUCUGUCAUUACAUCAUGAAGGUUGACACAAAUGAAUGGAGUGCUCAGACGCUCUGUUCUUAUGAUUUCUAAUGGAAGUUUAUGUCUGCUUGAAAGUGCCCAGAUUUAAAUGGACAUUUAAUCAAGCACAAGUAUGAGUUUGGACACAAGCAACAUUUACUAUAUUUUGAUAUGAGAAAUAGUUCCAGUAUAUCAUAUGAGGUUUUUGUGUGUCAUUUUUGUAUUAGAUUAUUUAUUUUGUAUGUUAUAGUCUAUUCAAAUUCUAUAUUAUAUUUUAUUGAAGAUUAUUAAAGUUAAAUCAUCAUAAA